ACUUUUCGCCGUCUAUUUAUCCAUGAUGGAGUUGUGUUUUGUUUUUGCAAAAACUGUGUUGUCUUUGUGAUUUUGUGCAAUUUUUAGGGGGUAAUCUCCCCCAAUUUCCCCUUGUUUGGGCACAAAAAGGGCCCCCGGGGGAUGACAAUGGCAACAGCAGAAGAGGGCUGGGUGCACAGUUUCUCUAUAAACGACAUAGCCCGGCAUAAGAAGGGCUACACAAUUUACAAAAUUACAUCAAUAGUAUUUCCGCGAUUUGUACCCGAGGCUCUAUCGUGUGUGACUGUGUGGAAGCGUUUCAGUGAGAUUAAGAAUUUGCAUAGGGAGAUCCAUCGGAAGCAUCGAGCACUGAAGUUGGGUGGUAAAGUUCCUAAACUCGAAGAUAGAUAUUAUUUCCGGAGAUUUGACACUGAAGUUAUCAACGAAAGGAGACAGUAUAUCCUGGAAUUGCUGGAGUUUGUCUCUAUGCAUCCAGCUUUGUAUACGAGUGAGGUUUUUGUCAAAUUCCUCCGUGGAGGUCAUACGCCGAAUACAUCACCGAGUCACAAGGGGAAUAUUGCAGCAAUCUGCAAGGAUUUGUCCAUUCCCUUCCAGUCGGAAAUUGCAUUGAUUGAUCCGACAAGAGAUAGUGCUGAGGUUGACAGUGAUAUUUUGCCCUUUGACUGUGUGGACUCUGUGUCCACGGUUUCGGUGGACACUCUGGGAAACGGUGGGAGUGAUUUGUCCCGGAGGGAUUCGGUCGUGAGUGACGAGGGUUCUGUGGGAUCUGUCACGAGAGAACCUUCAGUGGCCAGUAGUCGUCAGCUGAGCCUGCAUCUGGACAUUUCCCAAGAUAUUGACUAUUUCUUCGAUGCUGCCGUUGAUUUCAGCCGAGCGAUGCAGGCUGAAGUCAAUGGGCAGUAUGAGGAGAGUUUUGAGUGCUACAAGAAGGGUAUAAAUACCCUUCUGGUGGGUGCAAAGCAAGAUAGGGAUGUUGAAAGGCAGCAAAUGGCCAAGGAAAAGGCCUCAAAGUACCUCAAAAGGGCCGAAAGGGUUUGUGAAAAUCACAUUGUCCGGAAACCCAAGAAUUUCUCUCCCUCAGACACCGAACCCUAUUCCCUGGAACGACCCCUGAGCAAUCUGUCACGGUACAAAGUGAUGAAGAUUGUCGAGAGGGUGAUGCAGGUUCAGGAUGUCACUGAUAAAAAAAUCUACAUUAUGAAGGCCAUUGAGAAGCCACCGAGUAGUUCGCUCUUCCUGGGUGCUUUCCUUCCACACAAGAUUCCCUACAUGGUGCCCCUGAUUGCCUACUUCCAGUCAGAAUCCUCCAUUUAUUUGCUCCUGCAUCAGGCGCCUGGAGGAAAACUCUAUGACUAUAUCCGUGACUUUAAACCAGGAAAGUUCUCAGCAGAGAAAAUCCCUCCGGCUCUACUGGACAAACCCGAAGUUCAGCAAGAACCAGAACCCGAAAAACCUAAAGAUUCUCUUGAAGAGAAACCAGUUGAAAAUGAAGAAAUCUCCCCGGAAGAAAAUCACCAACCUCCUCCAUCCUUUGAUAUCCUAUCCAAGGAUAUGGAUGUCCUAGAUUUGGUGCACUGUGCAAAGUCUCUGCUUAAAUCUGUCAGUAGUACCCUGAAGCAAUCCAAAGGAAUUGGUAAGGCUCUCGAAGAGAUUACUCUUCCUCCAGUUUUGCAAGACAUUCCCGAAGAAAAUGAGCCAACCGAAGAAAUCCCUGUCCAAAACGACAACAAUUCCCUUCCGGAAGAGGCUCAGGACGCCGUCCUUGAAACCCCUGCUGAAACAACACCAAAGAAACACCAAAUUCCCGAGGGAUGUGUAAGACAAUGGGCAAGGGAAUUGGUAGUGGCUGUUGAUACGCUCCAUAGGCACAAUGUCCUCUGCUGUGAUCUCCAUCCAAAUAAUCUACUUCUCGGCUCUAGUGGGCAGCUCCUUCUCACCUAUUUCUACUGUCAUCCGGAUGCCACGGAGAGAUUCCUGAAGCAAGAAGCCGUAGCCGGUGGCUAUGUGGCUCCCGAAAGGCCUUUUACCGAAGUCUCUGAUUGGUGGACUGUUGGAGUAAUUCUCUAUGAGAUACUCACACAACAUGCCUUUACCCUCCUCCAUCCGGGGGAGAUUUUUACUUAUUACGAAGUGCAGUAUCCCGAGGAAGUGGAGAUUUCAGAUGAGGCCAGAGCAUUGCUCGAUGGGCUACUUCAAGUAAAUCCCAGUGUGAGGUUUGGAAUUGAUGAAAUCCAGACGCACGCCUUCUUCCGGGACACCGAUUGGGAGAAUAUUAAAUCACUAGGGCAUCGUUCUUAGCAUCUUGAGAGAAUCUCCUAUCGAAAUGGAUUGACGAUUCCUGCAUUUUAUUCCUUGACACCGUGAUUUAUUUCAGUGAUUAAAACUUAAUGGAAUGAUUCCUUCUGAAGGAAACAAAAAACUAA